GGGCAACAAGGAUAUCCCCAGACCUUGCUGGGAGGUCGUUGGCCGGGCCCUCGGGUGGCCGGUCCAGAGCUGAAACUUCGUGGGGAUCGGUCUUUGUUGAGUCUCAGUUGGCUCGCCUCCGAGCCGAGUACCAGAUUCCAGACUCGGUGCAUAUGAGGUCUCCUUCUGACACGGACGGACCGGGAGCCCCUUCCGAUGGGGAGAUAGCCAUCUUCCAUUGCGCCCUACAGUGCGGACUCCAGUUUCCGCUUCACCCCUUCAUGCGUGAGGUGCUGGCGCGGCUAAAGCUCGCUUCGGGUCAACUCGUCCCAAAUGUGUGGCUUAUCUUGGUGUCGUCCUACAUCUUCUGGUGACAAGCGAAGAACCAGGAGCUUUUGUCGGACGAGUUCUUGGCAAUGUACCAGGCAAAGCACGACAAGGCUGAGCCAUAUUGGUACUAUCUCUCAGCUAGGGCGUCAUACACUCCAGGCCUUGUCGCCAAACUUCGUACUUCCAACAAAGAUUGGAAGGGAAAAUGGUUUUGGGCCUCGGGAGAGUGGGAGGCUCCGGCAUCCGAGCUCGAACACCUUCGAGUCCGGGUACUCACCCAGUUCAGCCUCCAAGGUAGUGAACCGAGUAUUUGUAAAUUUCCUUGUCUUUCGCUCGUUGUUUAUUCUAACAGCCUCUGCUCUUGCUUGUACACUAUCCGAAGGGGGCGCCAGAACUGUCUUCCCACCUCCGAGCCUAGAUAGCUAGGGCUCGUCUGCUCGAUGAGGAAGGCCGCACCUGACACUACAAGAUCAGUCUAGACAACCCCAUUUAGUCUGGAUUUUGUAGAUUCAGACCUUUCCCAGCCGCGCUAGGUAAGCCUUUUGACUAGAUCUCGCGCUUGAGUUUCCCGAUUAGAUGAGGCUGACCCUUCUUGUUGAUUAGGAAUGUCUGAAGCCAUGGGAUCGAAGAGGAAGAGGGGAGGGACAGUACGCCCCUCGUUCAAUGAUAUUUUGUCGUCAGCGUUGGCGACUCGGGUUAAGGUAACGGCUCGCAGAAAGAAGAUUCCAGUACCCAAGUCUGAGGCCAAGGAGAAGAUUUCAACACCUGAGGCCGUUGCGGCCGAGCCUCUUAUGGCCAAGGUAACUGCGGUGCAGGUGCCAACAUCAACACUUGCACCAGCGCUUGCUCCAGCUUCCACAGCAAUAGCUCCAGCCUCCACGGCUUGCCCAUCAUCGCCCCCCGGGAUGCGGGGGAAAUUCGUGGUCGUCGCAAUGCCUUCUCCUCAUUCAUCUGAUGAGCGCAAUCCCAACCUCCACUUCACUACUGCGGAGUUGGUUUGCAAGAUUGAGCCGUUGGUCAGCAAUUCUGCCAUGCCCGAGGCCGAGGAUCGGGCCUCGACUGCGCCUGACCUUAGGCAGCCCGCAAGCCCCGCCCCUUCCCAGGAGCAGGAGUCACUCGUGCAAGGUCACCACUUGGCGUUACUAAAUGAUUGGGCAACGAAGCAUGCAAAUGAGAGCGCCAUCGUCAGCACUCUAAACCGACCCCUCGAUGGGGUAUUGAAUGACUUCGCAUCGUACUGUUACACGGCGCGGCAAUCACUUGUCCUCGCUUGAGAAAGGCUGCGGACGAUGGCUAAUCUUGAGAAAGAGAAGGCCAAGGUUGAGGAACGCCUGAAGGCCUCGGCGUCGAAGGUGAAGCAACUACAGACCCAACUGAAUACCUUGGCUUCGGAGGUGAGGCAGCUGAAGGCCCAGCUGGGGGCGAGUCACUUAAAGGAGAUGGGUCUCCAAGGAGAGAUCAACGAGUUGCAGGCCCGCGCAGACUCGGCUGAGUCUGCCUUAAAUGGCUCGUGGGUGGACAAUGCUCAGUUGGCAGCUGAGCUCGAAGCGGUUAAGCGUGAGGCUGCUGAGGUUCUUGCCCGACAACGCUCCGAGCUGGAGGCCUUGGCCACAUCCGAGGUCGCCGCGGCUGUGGAGGAGUUCAAGUCCUCCAAAGAGCGGAAUGACGAGCUAGAGAAGAUUUACGACUUUGCCUACAACGCAAGCCACAAAGUGUGCUUAGAUGAGGUUUGAGAUGCUUAUCCAGAUCUGGACCUAGACGUCUCGGCGACAGAUGCUGGGGACUCUCCUGGCACAGAGACGAAAGUCCCUCUGGCGGUAGCUCCAGGCGCAAAGACGGAAGUCCCUCCGGUGGUAGCCAACGCUAAGAAGACCCCUGAAGCCGAGCCUCCCGUGGAGCCAACCUUGGGCUGAUCCCCUCAAGUUUCCUUUUCUUUAUCUUUUUGUGAUAAACAAGUCCAGUAUUGUUGGAUAUUUUUUGUUUCAUUGAAAGCUUUACUCGUGGAUGCUUGUGUUGUGGUUUGCUGCAUAUGUUGAGUGGCGAGCCGACCUCUUCUUUUAAGGGGUUGGUUCAUCUUAGGGCUUUAACUCUGUACAUGAGAGGUGACCCUUGGUAGUUCUGUAGGCCCUUGUUGAAUGACGAGCCGACCCCUUCUUUAAGAGAUCGGUUUGUCGAGUUCAUCUUUGCAUAUGAGAGAUGACCAAUUCUGUAGACCUUUGUCGAAUGAUGAGCCAGCCCCUUCUUUAAGGGAUCGGUUCACCGAGUUCGUCUCUGCACAUGAGAGAUGACCCUUCGCAUAGAAGAUCAAGUAGAACAAAGAGAGCAGGUAGAAGGGAAAUAGAUGAUGCUUUUAUUGAGAGCCUUAAAUGGCUAGUCAAUCUAAGUCGUACAUAGCUUUUAUUUCUUCAAGGAUAGUAGACUUUCAAGUGCUCGGCGUUCCAUGGGUGGGGUAGCGGACGCCCUUCCAGAUCUUCUAAAUGGUAGGACACAGGCUUCGUCGAGCCGACCAUGCGAUAGGGCCCUUCCCAGUUUGGUCUGAGCGUCCAUACUCCAGACCCCGCAGUGCUUUUGAAGACGCAGCGAAGUACUAGAUCACCUUGUCGAAACCACCUUGUCUUGACUCUGGAGUUGUAGAAUCUAGCCACUUGUUGAUGCCGAGCUGUGACUCGUAGUUUGGCGAUAUCUCUUGCUUAUUCACUUAGGUCGAGAUUUGUCACAAUCUGCUAGGCAUUUUGACCCUCAUGAUAAUUUCUUACCCGCGUUGUGGGGAGGCUGAUCUCGACUGGAACGAUCGCCUCCGAGCCGUAAGACAAUGAGAAGGGGGUUUUCCCUUUGGAUGACUGGGCUGUGGUCCUGUAAGCCCAGAGAACGAACGGGAGCUCGUCCGCCCAGUUGCCUUUAGUUUUUUUCAACUUCGUCUUGAGGUGAUGUUUGAUGACCUUGUUCACGGCUUCCACCUGCCCAUUAGACUAUGGGUGAUGAGGUGAGGAAUACGCAUUCGAGAUACCGAGCCCCCUGCACAUGCCUCUGAAUUUGUUGUUAUCGAAUUGCUUCCCGUUGUCGGAGAUAAUAGUAUGCGGGACUUCGAACCAACAGAUGAUAUUCUUCCAAACGAAGUUAGUCACCUUCUGCUCUGUAAUCUUCGUCACCGGUUCGGCCUCGGCCCACUUGAUGAAGUAGUUGACUGCCACAAUUGCAAAUUCGACUUGCCCCCUUUCCGGGGGGCAGAGGUCCAA